AUGUCAUCCCGACCGCGCCGUGCGACGCGCCGGCAGGCCAUCGUCGACUCUUCCGACGAUGAAGAUGUCGCCAACACCACCGUCAAGGUCGAAGACGAGGAAGACUUUGAGCCCGAACCUUCUAAGAGCCCAGUGCGACGACCGACCCGCGCCCGCAAGAGCGCCGCUGCUUCCGCAUCCGCAUCCACAUCUACUCCCACAACCACCGCCCCGCGCCGAAGAGGCAGACAAAAGAAGAAUGUCGAAGCUUCGGUCGUCGAGGAGCCUUCUGUGGUCGAGCCAACCCCAAAGACGGAGGAGCCUGAGAACGAGACGGUCCUCGCCGACGCUCCGUCGGUAGCCGACGAAACCAUUGUUUCCACCAUCGAGCCCACCGAGGUCUUUGACGCCAACCAGACUGCCGCAGCAAUGGAGCAGGAGAAUACCCCCAGGAAGCCUUCUCCUACCCCGAGGAAACCGCGCAAGAGCGCCGCUCCCAAGUCCGCCACUCCAGAGACUCCCAUGGCGAAGCCCAGGCCAGGUGCCUCACCGCAGCGCGAGUCGCCGCAGCGCCGUAGCGAGCCGCUCGCCGACAUCACGAACGCCAGUGUCAACGAGCAGGCGCCUGCCAUUUCUGAUGUGCCCGAGACACCAGCGACCGUCAAGCCGAUUCGCGCCAUGGACACCAUUAUGGAGAAGCCGAUGGACAUUGUGCUGAAGUCGCGCAAUCUCGCAGUCCCAGUUGUCGAGGACACGACUCCGAAGCCGCGACUUGUGAUUUCGUACCUGAUCUUGACCAACUUCAAGAGUUAUGCCGGACGACAGGAAGUCGGUCCCUUCCACGGUUCCUUCUCGUCCGUUGUCGGUCCCAAUGGUUCCGGAAAGUCCAACGUUAUCGAUUCUCUCCUGUUCGUUUUCGGUUUCCGCGCAAGCAAGAUGCGUCAGGGCAAGUUGUCCGCUUUGAUCCACAACUCUGCGCAGUACCCCAACCUGGACCACUGCGAGGUUUCUGUGCACUUCCGUGAAGUCAUGGACCAGCCUGGUGGCGGCCACGAAGUCAUUCCCGAUUCCGAUCUCAUCAUCUCCCGCAAGGCGUUCAAGAACAAUUCGAGCUCGUACUUCAUCAACGGCAAGACUUCAAACUUCACAACGGUGACGACCCUCCUCCGCGACCGCGGUAUUGAUCUCGACCACAAGCGUUUCCUCAUUCUGCAGGGUGAAGUCGAGUCCAUUGCCCAGAUGAAGCCUAAGGCUGCCAACGAACACGACGACGGUCUUCUCGAGUACUUGGAGGACAUCAUCGGCACCUCCAAGUACAAGACGCCAAUCGAAGAGGCUGCGGCCGAAGUCGAGAGUCUCAACGAAACGUGCAUGGAGAAGAGCGGUCGUGUUCAGCAUGUCGAAAAGGAGAAGAACAGCCUCGAAGACAAGAAGAACAAGGCUUUGGCAUACAUCAGGGACGAGAACGAACUCACUCUCAAGCAGUCUGCGCUCUACCAGCUGUACAUCGCCGAAUGCCACGAUAAUGUUGCAGUUACCGAGGAGGCCAUCAGUCAGACGCAGGCUCAGCUUGACGAGGAGCUCGAGAAGCACCACGGAAGCGAGAAAGUCAUCAAGGAACUGCAAAAGGCGCAUUCCCAAGUCAGCAAGGAGCACGAGGCCGAAUCUAAGAAGACGCAAGCUCUUGUCAAGGAGAUGGCCAAGUUUGAGCAAGAACGCGUCAAGUUUGACGAAAAGAAAAAGUUCCUCAACGACAAGCAAAAGAAGCUUGAGAAGACCAUCGCCAAUGCCGAGAAGUCUGCCACUGAAGCCGAGGAGACCAUCGUCGAGUGCGGUGAGGAGAUCGAGACCCGCGCCAAGGAGAUCGCCUCUCUGGAGAUCCGAAUCCAGGAAGAGGAGGCAGAGCUCGCGACCAUCCGUGAGGGUCUCAAGGGCAAGACUCAAAAGUUUUCCGACGAGAUUGCUGUCAAGCAAAAAUCUCUCGAGCCAUGGAAGGACAAGAUUAACCAAAAGCAGUCUGCCAUUGCCGUCGCUGAGAGCGAAAAGAGCAUUCUCGAGGAGAAGGCCAACGCGGGCGCAGUCGCCAUCGCCGAGACUGAGGCCAAGAUUGCCGCCAUUGAGGACCGCAGAGCAGCCAAGAUGGAGGAGCUCAAGGAAUGCCAGGCUGAGAAGGCCAAGUUGGAACAAGAGGCCAAGGAGGCCGAGCACGAGCUUACCCGCUUUGCUGCUCACGAGCCCAAGAUUCGUGCAAAGGUCUCCAAUGCCAGACAAAAGGCUGACGAAGCUCGCUCGAGUCUGUCUAAGACACAGACCCAGGGCAACGUCCUCACUGCCCUGAUGCGCAUGCGAGAGUCUGGUCGUAUUGACGGCUUCCACGGAAGACUUGGAAACCUCGGUGCGAUCGACGGUCAAUAUGACGUCGCUAUCUCGACUGCUUGCGGUUCCCUCGACAACUUCGUCACUGACACGGUCGAGGCUGGACAGCAGUGCAUUGAGUACCUCCGAAAGACCAACCUGGGUCGUGGCAACUUCAUGUGUCUGGACAAGCUGAGAGUACGAGACAUGAACCCCAUUCAGACCCCAGAGAACGCACCCCGCCUGUUCGACCUGGUCAACCCCAAGGAAGAGAGGUUCCGUCCGGCUUUCUACCAUGCCCUGCAAGACACACUAGUCGCCAAGGACCUCGCUCAAGCUAACAGAAUUGCCUACGGCGCCAAGAGAUGGCGUGUGGUCACUCUCGCUGGCGAGUUGAUUGACAAGUCCGGUACCAUGUCUGGUGGUGGUAACACUGUCAAGAAGGGUCUCAUGUCUUCCAAGCUCGCCUCCGAUACCACCAAGGAGCAGGUUGCCAAGCUUGAAGAGGAGCGUGAUGUCUAUGAGGAGAAGUACCAAGACUUCCAGGAGCAACAGAGAGAGCUCGAGAACAGGCUCCGUGACCUCAACGAGCAGAUCCCUGCACUCGACACCAAGAUGCAGAAGAUCAACCUUGAAAUCGAGAGCGCCGCCAGGAACCUCGCCGACGCCCAUCGUCGCAUCAAGGAACUGAGCAAGGAGCACCAGCCGUCCGCAGCCGAUGAUAAGCGCAUCGCUGCCCUUGGCAAGGAGAUUGCCAAGCUCAACAAGGAGGUCGAAAAGCUCCACGACGAGACAUCUGGCGUCGAGGAGGAGAUCAAGGCACUCCAGGACAAGAUCAUGCAGGUCGGUGGUGAGAAGCUUCGUAUCCAAAAGGCCAACGUCGACGCUUUGAAGGAGGAGAUGGCCUCUCAGAACGAGGAGACUUCCAACGCAGAGGUUCGCAAGGUCAAGGCAGAGAAGCAGAAGACGAAGCUGGAGAAGGAUCAUGCCAAGGCCACCAAGGAACUCGAUGUCGCCAGCCGUGAUCUUGAGAAGCUGGAGCACGAGAUUGAGAACCAGGGCGAGAAGGCGGAAACUCUCCAGGCGCAAGUCGAAGAGGCCGAGGAGGGUUUGUCAGCGAAGAAGGACGAGCUGUCAUCCAUCAAGGCCGAGCUCGACGAGAAAACUGCCGAACUCAAUACUACCCGUGCGGUGGAAAUUGAGAUGAAGAACAAGCUUGAGGAGAGUACCAAGGUUCUGCAGGAGAACCAGAAGAGGCUCAUGUACUGGAACGACAAGCUUGGAAAGCUCGUGCUGCAAAAUGUUGACGACCUUACCAACACCAACCCCUCUGGCAGACGUACCCCUGCACCCAAGCCCGCCCCCAAGACCGAGGGCGAAGAGGAUGAGAACGAGGAAGGUGACGACACAGUGGUACGGGCCGAGGCAGAUGAGACUCUGCAGUCAGCUGUGGCCGAUGAGGCCGCUGACGAAGAGGAAGGUGAAUCUGAGGAGCAGGCUAAGCAGCCAUCGGAGCUUCCUGUAUACACCCCUGACGAGCUGGCCGACAUGAGCAAGGACAAGCUCAAGGGAGAGAUCGCUGCCCUUGAGGAAAAGACCCAGAAUGUCAAUGUCGAUCUCGGUGUUCUUUCCGAGUACCGCCGCCGUGUCGACGAGCACGCGCAGCGAUCGUCCGACCUCCAGAACGCUGUCGGUCAGCGCGACGCCGCCAAGAAGCGCUGCGAUGAACUCCGCCGUCUGCGUCUCGAAGGCUUCAUGGAGGGCUUCAGCACCAUCUCGCUCCGCUUGAAGGAGAUGUACCAGAUGAUCACCAUGGGUGGUAACGCCGAGCUCGAACUCGUGGACUCUCUCGAUCCCUUCAGCGAAGGUAUCCUCUUCAGCGUCAUGCCCCCCAAGAAGUCAUGGAAGAACAUCAGCAACUUGUCUGGUGGAGAGAAGACGCUCAGCAGUUUGGCGCUCGUUUUUGCUCUGCACCACUACAAGCCGACGCCUUUGUACGUCAUGGACGAGAUUGACGCCGCGUUGGAUUUCAGAAACGUCUCCAUCGUCGCCAACUAUAUCAAGGAGCGCACCAAGAACGCCCAAUUCAUUGUCAUUUCGCUCCGAAACAACAUGUUUGAGUUGGCGGCCCGGUUGGUUGGUGUCUACAAGGUGAACCACAUGACGAAGAGUGUCACGAUUGAGAACCAGGAUUACAUUGUCAGGACAAGGCAGUUGCCACCUGGGAGUCAGGCGACGCAGCAGACUGCUGCGGCGAGAUGA